AUGGUAGCUCCCGACGAAAAACAUGCCGGGGUGGAACGCUCGACCUCCCCGGAGGGUGACAGCAUCCAAGUCGGCGAGAACAUGGGAACCCUGCAUCGCCGGCUCAACAACCGUCAGAUCCAGCUCAUCGCGGCCGGUGGCUCGAUUGGAACCGCACUGUUCAUCAGUAUCGGCGGUGGUCUCGCCAAGGGUGGCCCGGGUAGUCUGUUUAUCGCGUAUACGGUCUAUAGCUGCGUUCUCGCAUUCGUGAACAACUCGAUCGCCGAGAUGAAUACGUAUAUGCCCGUUCCUGGAGGUUUUAUCCGUUUAGCAGGCUACUGGGUCGACGACGCCCUGGGCUUCCUCGCUGGCUGGAAUUUCUUCUUCUACGAGGCCUUCCUGAUCCCCUUUGAGAUUACCGCUCUCAGUAUGGUGCUGUCGUUCUGGAACGACCAAGUGACCAACCCCGGUCCGACAGCUGGUAUCUGUGCUGCGGUUAUUGUCUGCUACGCCGCUCUGAACAUUCUUGCCGUGAGAUUUUAUGGUGAAGCCGAAUUCUGGUUAUCCGGGGGAAAGCUCGUCCUCAUCUUCAUGCUGUUCGCCUUUACGUUUGUGACCAUGGUCGGCGGUAACCCCCAGGGCGAUGCGUAUGGAUUCCGAUACUGGCGAGACCCUGGAUCUUUUGCCGAAUUCCACACUACAGGCGAUCUAGGUCGGUUUGAAGGCUUCUGCGCGGCCCUGUGGAGCGCCUGUUUCACCGUCGUUGGUCCCGAAUAUAUCUCCAUGGUGGCCGCCGAAGCGAAACGCCCCAGCAUCUAUAUCAAGUCAGCCUUUAAGACCGUCUAUUACCGUUUCUGUAUUUUCUUUGUGGUCGGCGCUCUGGCGGUGGGAAUUGUGGUCGCCUAUAACGACAAGGCCCUGCGGAACAUCUACUUUGGUGACGGCGACAGCAGCACUGCCGCAGCCUCCCCAUAUGUCAUUGCAAUGGUGAACCUGGGUAUUGGCGGCCUUCCGCACCUCGUCAAUGCUUUGAUCUUCACCUCCAUCUUCUCCGCCGGAAACACCUAUACGUACUGUGCAACCCGAUCGCUUUACAGCUUGGCCCUGGAAGGUCGCGCUCCCCGCUUCCUACGCUACUGCAACAAGAACGGUGUCCCCAUCUAUUGCUUCUGCAUUGUGAUGCUCUUCCCGCUCCUUUCAUUCCUUCAGGUCGGAAGUGGUUCAGCUCAGGCGAUCACGUGGUUCGUCAAUCUGGUCACAGGAGGUGGCAUCAUUAGCUUCCUGAUCAUGUCCAUUACAUUCCUGAACUACUACAAGGCAUGUCAGGUCCAGGGCGUCGAUCGCAAGACGAUGCCCUACUACGGGUACUUUCAACCCUAUGGCGCGAUUUUCGCGCUCUGCGUGCAAAGUAUUGUCGUGAUCUUUUAUGGAUACAGCUCGUUCACGCCGUGGAGCGUCUCCAACUUCUUCUCCAACUAUACCAUGCAACUGCUGGCCCCCUGUCUUUUCUUCGGGUGGAAGAUCGUCAAGAGGACGCGCUACGUCCGACCGCAUGAGGUCGAUCUCGUCUGGGAACGUCCGGAAAUCGACGCCUACGAGAAUUCGAUUACCACACCCCCGGUGGGCUUCUGGGCUGAGAUGGGCCAACUCGUCGGCAUUCGCCGUAGAAAGAAGACGCAAGUUGAUGCUUAG